AUGGUUGGGGAAGGAGAUGAUGUGUCUCUGGGACAGCUGGAGCAUUCAAUUUUUUGUACUGCUCGGCUUGAUUUUCCAGAUAGUUCUUGCUGUAUAUGGAAGCCGCAGGAAAACCUCAAGCUCACGACAGUCAGCCUCAACAAGUACGAGGAAGAGUGCGAUACUGAACUAAAAGCAUUGUUGGCGCCUGUGAUUCUACUGCUGCUGGGGAAUCCAGAUAGCAUCACCGCAUAUUCAGUGGAAGACAACCGGCUCAGCGUGAGGCGUGUGUUGAACCUCGUCAUCACAUUUUCUUUUGUGGUCUGCAUCCUCAAGCGAAAUUGGAAGACCUCCAUCCCGAUGAUACUGUACUUUCCGAUAUUUGUCGCUGGGAUAAUCAAGUACGGGGAAACAAUUUGGGCGCUCUUUUCUGUGUACGACGAGAACACGAAUAUGAGAGAAGAGGAUUUCAAUGAAGCAGAAAAGAUGUUCUCUGCACUGGAGAACUUCAAAGUUCCCGGUUUGGAUAUUUUAUUGAGGGCUUACUAUCGGUUUGAUUGCUUAAAGCCUCACCUUGUGGACUGGCUGAAGCACCCUGUCUUCAUGGAGCAUCGUAAUAAGUUGAUCAAAAACUACAGUCCAGAAGACGUAUUCUUGACAACCGAUAUGGAACUUGGUUUCAUGUAUGACGUCCUCUACACUAAAGCACCAGUUCUUUAUACCAAGCGUGGGAUCACGCUCCGUGUCAUCAGUUAUUUCAGUUUGCUGCUGACCUUAGGCGGAUUCAUGGCGCUUUUCUUUGACGAGCACUGGAGAGGUCCGUAUGUUGUCUACACGUUUGUGCUGCUGACAGGAGUCGUGCUUCUGGAAACUUACCAGUUGUUGAAGCUAUUCUAUUCGGAUUGGGUGAUUAUAAUGAAUAGGAACCACCUUGAUAAUACAUUGGUCUUGAAGUUUCUGAGAUUUCUCGUCAAACGAUCUCUGAAGAAGCAAAGGUGGUCUCACAGAAUUCAGCAAUUUGAUUUUUUAGAUUUCUGCCUAUCCGAGAAACAGCCCUGGCAUUUCAAAAUCCUCAAACCGUUCGGCAAGGCUGACAAGUUUAAGAGAUAUUGGUUAACGAAAUCUGUGCAAAUUCCCCUGUAUUUGAAAGAAUUAUUGCUUGAAGACAUGAAAAAAUUCGAAACAGAGAGAGCCUGGCAACCUUUCACGAAAAGAGGCGAAUGGACACUCGACAUUCAUAAUCGCCGCCAUCAUGAGUCCCCAGUUAAGCUCAAAUGGAGUAUCGAGGAGACAUUCGAUAGAAGCAUUAUCAUAUGGUACAUUGCAACCUAUAUCUGCUACGAUUCGUGCCCCGAAGAUUCAAACCGUUACAAGGCAAGCAAGCUGAUAUCAGAUUACAUGAUGUUCCUUCUAGUACUACAUCCUCACAUACUCUCCUUAACCACAGCCAAGCUCACUUGCCAAAAUGCUUACACGAAGUUCAAGACGUUCUUGAAGCAAAUCCCGAAAGAGCAGCGCGACAGAGAGAACAUCCUGAAAAUUCUAUCAGGAACAGAGUACGACCAAGAAAUUCCCUUAAAUGGGCACCUCGAACCAGUUAUCACCAGAGGGUGGAAUGUUGUCGAGGAAGCGCGUACACUCGCGAGAGAGCUGAAAAGUACUACAGACAAAUGGGAGCUCAUCGGCAGCAUUUGGAAUGAGAUGCUAUGUUUCGCAGCAUACAAUUGCCAGCAAUACCACCACACGAAGCUGCUGAGGCAGGGCGGAGAAAUCAUAACGCACGUGUGGCUACUCCUUUCUCACGAGACGGACAAGUUCAACACCAAGAAGUACAUGGAUAAGGACAGAGAGAUCGAACAGAGAUGA